UCCACAUAGAUAGAUGAAUGCAGGUGAGAGAUGACACAGCUGCACGCGCUGAGCGCAAAAGCUGCUGAGAUUUAAACGCGCGCGCACAGUCACGACUGACAGACACUUUAAAGACUGACACAUGCGACAAACGCGCAACUUUAUUCAAUAAACUUCAUCUGUGGAGCAUCGCAACAAUGAAAAAACUCAGUCCGUUCAAUAAUUUUUCCCAUUUGAUAUCAAAGUCGUGUGAUAAUGGUGAGGAAGUUUGUAUGGACGACUGUGGACCUGUGUGUCACUGCGGCCCGGAACCUUGCGCUUGUCCUUUCACACAAAAAACUCAAGAUGGAUUUAAGGAGAAUAAGGAGAAUAGAGGUCCAUGUGAGGCCUGGACACCUCAGCAACAUGCUUUUGAUAAUCCUGCUUAUGAACAAGGUGGUCCCAACGAAUUGAAGCCCAGUUUGGGACACCUUUCCCGUAUCACUCUUCACAUCACAGGCCUGACCUCUGACCCUAGCUCUAUCCGGGCUCUUUAUGCAAAGAUCUCAUGUCUCAAUGGCGUAAAAGCUGUAUCAAUACAGUCUGAAGACCUUUUCAUCGUCAACUUCAACAUGUCUGAUAUUACCUCUAGGAAAAUUCUCCAAGAGGUCCAUAUGUCGGGGUAUGGAGUGCGGGAAGUGGCGACCCAACCUGUGGACAUGGUGGACAAGGAAAGUGAGGUGAGGAUGAAUGUACAGGGAAUGACCUGUCAAUCAUGUGUCAGAUCUAUUGAAGCACGGAUUGGAAAUCUUCAAGGUGUUAUUGGCGUCAAGGUGUCUUUAAGUGAUAAAGAAGUUUCUGUGAGGUUUAACCCUGUAGAGUUGACAUCUGAGAUUUUGAAGGAAAACAUUGAGGACAUGGGGUUCGAUGCCACAAUUCUACACGGUUCUAGUCAACUACAGCCUUUAGGAACAGGGACCUGCGCUGCUCAGAUCUCGGAUUGGUCUGAGGUGACACUGGAUGUCAAAGGGAUGCAUUGUGGAUCAUGUGUUAAGAACAUAACUGCGACUUUGUCGGGAAUGUUAGGAGUCAACUCUGUAUUUGUGUCAUUGGAAAAGGGAAGCGUGGAUCUUAGAUUUGACCCAUCUCUGCUAACUCUGGAUACCGUUAAAGGCUUAUUGGAGGAAAUACCACCUGGAAAUUUUAGGGUUUCUAUUCCUGGUUGGAGUUGUGAAUCCAGGUCUAAUUUCUCGGUUAGUGUCCAAACACAAAGUGUCGUCGUUGGAAUAGAAGGAAUGACAUGCAGCUCUUGUGUUCAGGCCAUUGAGGGAAGGAUGUCGAAGAUAGCUGGGGUACAUUCCAUAAAAGUUGACUUACAGGAAAAGAAGGGAAUUAUAACAUUUGACCCAAGCGUGACCUGUUCAGAAGACUUACGGGAAGCAAUUGAGGACAUGGGAUUUGAAGCAUGCUUGCAACAAGAUUCAUCAAACAGGCUGAAAUCUUCACAUUGCACCAGCGCAGAAAACCCUGGUUGCUCUGAGGUGAGAGAAACACAUAAAUGUUUUAUCCAUGUGACAGGCAUGACCUGUGCUUCUUGUGUGGGCAACAUCGAAAGAAACCUGCUGAAACAUGAAGGUAUUAAAUCAGUAUUGGUUGCCCUGAUUGCUGGGAAGGCAGAGGUGAGAUAUGAUCCGGGAAUUUUGGAAUCAUCACGGAUCGCACAGCUUAUCUCUGACCUGGGUUUCGGAGCGUCUGUAAUGGAAGAGAACACAGGCCAGGAUGGGAUCUUGGAUCUUUCUGUCACCGGUAUGACAUGUGCUUCCUGCGUCCAUAACAUCCAAAACAAACUUUUAAGGACAGAGGGAAUUCUGGAAGCCUCCGUUGCCUUGGCAACAAACAAAGCUCAUGUGAAGUUCGACCCAGAUUUAGUAGGCUCUCGAGAUAUCAUCAGAAUCAUUGAGGGUUUGGGUUUUGGAGUGUCUUUGAUAAAAAAUAACGGAUUUGGGAAGGACAACAAGUUGGACCACCAAGAGGAGAUUCGACAGUGGAAGCAUUCGUUUCUGUUCAGCCUUGUGUUUGGGAUUCCAGUUAUGGGUCUGAUGAUCUACAUGAUGGUGAUGGACAGUCAACACAAGGAACACGGUGGCUCCAUGCCUGUGGAUCAAAACAUCCUGCCUGGUCUCUCCAUCAUUAACUUGGCCUUCUUUCUGCUCUGCACACCUGUUCAGUUUCUAGGUGGUCGUUACUUCUACAUACAAGCUUAUCGUUCGCUACGGCACGGCGUUGCCAACAUGGACGUGUUAAUUGUGUUGGCAACCACCAUUGCGUAUGUUUACUCCUGCAUAGUGCUCAUUGUAGCCAUGAUCGAAGAAGCCGAACAAAGCCCCCUCACGUUUUUUGAUACGCCUCCGAUGCUUUUUGUAUUCAUCGCUUUGGGGCGCUGGUUAGAGCAUGUUGCUAAGAGUAAAACUUCUGAAGCUCUGGCAAAGCUCAUGUCUCUCCAAGCUACAGAUGCCACUAUAGUGUCCCUGGGCCCUCACAACACAAUCAUCAGAGAGGAGCAGGUGUCUGUGGAGCUGGUGCAGAGGGGUGACGUGGUAAAGGUGGCACCAGGAGGAAAGUUCCCAGUCGAUGGGAAGGUGAUCGAAGGCACAUCCAUGGCAGAUGAGUCUCUUAUUACUGGGGAGCCAAUGCCAGUGAUUAAGAAAGCAGGCAGCUACGUGAUCGCUGGCUCUAUUAAUGCUCACGGUGCUUUGCUGGUGGAGGCCACGCAUGUGGGUGCAGAGACAACACUUUGCCAAAUAGUUAAACUAGUUGAAGAGGCUCAGACAUCAAAGGCACCAAUUCAGCAGUUAGCCGAUAAACUGAGUGGCUAUUUCGUUCCCUUCAUAGUUGUCAUCUCUGUGCUUACAGUGGUGGCGUGGCUUAUCAUUGGUUUUGUGGACUUUGAUAUAGUGGCAAACUAUUUUCCUGGUUACGACCCCAACAUCUCCAGAACAGAUGUGAUCGUCCGGUUUGCCUUUCAAGCCUCCAUCACUGUCCUGUCCAUCGCGUGUCCCUGUUCUCUGGGUCUAGCGACUCCGACUGCAGUUAUGGUUGGCACUGGCGUGGGCGCCCAGAAUGGCAUUCUUAUAAAGGGAGGAGAACCUCUUGAGAUGGCCCACAAGGUUCGGGCUGUUAUGUUUGAUAAGACAGGGACCAUCACUAAUGGGGUGCCGCAGGUGACUAGAGUGCUGGUGUUGUGGGACCGAGCAAAGCUUCCUCUGCGGAUGGUUCUGGCUGUGGUGGGGACCGCAGAGGCGAGCAGUGAACACCCGUUGGGCAUGUCUGUCACCAAGUAUUGCAAGGAGGAGUUGGGCUCAGAAACCCUAGGCUACUGUCAUGACUUCCAGGCCGUUCCUGGCUGUGGAAUCAGUUGUAAAGUCUCCAACAUAGAGGAUCUGCUGCAGAACAGCCCGAAGACACAUCAUACCCCUAAAGCAAAACACACAGCACAUCUACUCACCCUCCAAGGAGCCACCACAGAUGAGAGCAGCCUGGUGGCAGAUACACAGUCUGGGUCAGACAGCCCCACAUACUCAGUUUUGAUCGGGAACAGACAGUGGAUGAUGAGAAAUGGUUUGGAGGUCACAGCCGAUGUGGAUGAUGCCAUGAGCAGUCAUGAGACUAAAGGACAGACUGCUAUCCUGGUGGCCAUCGAUGGCGUCCUGUGUGCUAUGUUAGCCAUCGCGGAUACAGUGAAGGCAGAGUCGGCUCUGGCUGUUCGUACGUUGAGCAGUAUGGGAAUAGAGGUCUUCAUGAUCACAGGAGACAAUAGACGCACAGCCCGGGCCAUUGCCACACAGGUGGGUAUCAAGAUGGUGUUUGCAGAGGUCUUGCCUUCACAUAAAGUAGCAAAGGUUCAAGAGCUGCAGGAAAGAGGUCUUAAAGUUGCAAUGGUUGGUGACGGGGUCAACGACUCGCCCGCUCUCGCUCAUGCCGAUCUGGGUAUCGCCAUAGGAACAGGCACUGAUGUUGCUAUAGAGGCAGCAGAUAUCGUUUUAAUACGGAAUGAUUUGAUGGACGUUGUGGCCAGCAUCGAGCUGUCUAAAAAGACUGUGCAGAGAAUCAGGAUUAACUUUGUGUUUGCUCUCAUUUACAACCUGUUUGGCAUUCCUAUUGCAGCAGGAGUCUUUAUGCCUAUUGGACUGGUGCUCCAGCCCUGGAUGGGUUCUGCUGCGAUGGCAGCAUCGUCUGUCUCAGUGGUGCUCUCCUCUCUGCUGCUGAGGCUCUACAAGAAGACAUCAGUAGAUGAAUAUGAGUCGAGAGUUCAGGGUCAUAAACUCAGUCUGAAUCCGUCUGAUGUCAGCACCCACGUGGGAAUGGAAACCCAUCGUUGCAGCCCUCUAUCCUUUCACCGGGGCUGGGACAGACGUAGGCGGAGCUACUCUAGCUCAGACUCCUCCUCUCUUAACACAAACUCCUCCCACCCACCUACAGCACAGUACUCUCGACUAGACCAUAAUGUGUCAAAGCGGAGCUUCGUCGUAUAGAUCUGACCAGGAAUAUACAGUAUGGCCAGGUUGAAUACAACUUUUAGGGUAUGUAUUUCUAUUAAAAUAAAACAUUUUAAUGGUAUUUAAUGGUUAUAACAGGGCUGCUAUGGAUAAUUAGUCAGCUUUUUAAUUAAAUCCAAAGAUUUCUGUAGUUUCCCAGUCUUAUAUACCUCAUAGAUGUGCCAUUAAAGGGAUCGUUCACAUUUACUCACCCUCAUGUUGUUUGAAACCUGUAGAAAUAACUUGUAUAGAUAUUUGUAAUCAUGCAAGAAGCAGGAGCACCAAUGACUUCCAUAGUAGGAUAAAAGUACUAUGGUAGUCCAUGGUGCUUCAAAACUGUUUGGUUUCAAGCAUUGUGCAAAACUAUCUUCCUUUGUGUUCAGCAGAACAAAGACACUCACACAGGUUUAUAACAACAUGAGGGUGACUAAAUGUUGACAGAAUUUUCAUUUUAUAUCCCGUUAGGAUAUCCCUCUAGGUUUUUACCGAGUGUCUGUAGGUGUAAAUAUUACAUUUAAAAAAUUGUUAUAGGAGUUUACAUUUAUUGUAAUAAAUAAAAAUAAUGCAAUAAAGUAUAUAUAUUUCAUACAUAAAAUUAUAAAAAUGAAAAUGAAGAGUUUUGUUGCAAAACUAUAUAACUCAGUUUUUUUUAAUUGAUCAGAAAUUUCGUUUUUUGGUUGAGCAUUCCAAUUAAUAUAAAUUCAGCUGCAGUUGGUUUGUUUUGAUUUAGACCUUCAUAACUUAAAAAUACAGCUAAGUAGCACCAUAAAGCAUUGACAAUAAUAACAUGAAAACAUAAUAAUAAACAUGUUUUUAAAAAAUGGAUUUAUCUCGUUUUGCAACGAAACUCUUCAAAUGUUUCAUGUCAACAUGCUACAAAAUGUAAGACAUAAGUCUAAAAUAGUUGUUAUCCAAAUUUCAAGUUAAAAUAAAAAAAUAGGUUCACACUUUUAGUGGAUUUACCAACAAUGGCCACUAGGUGUCAAUGGUUUGCUGCAUACUCUUGUCACAAAUUAAUAAAUUACUGUCAUUGCCUUAUUAUUACUGCUAAAAGGUUUUGAAAUAUAAAAACUACUACUAGAGCUUUCCAAUGAUAUAUGGUUUGACAACAUUUAUGAAGAUUUGUAAUAGGAUAUAGUGUUAUAAAUAUAUAGUACAUGAGUAUGAAUAUGAGUAUGUGGUCCUAUGUCUUAUGUACCUCAUAGAUGUGCCGUUAAAGGGAUCGUUCACAUUUACUCACCCUCAUGUUGUUUGAAACCCGUAGAAAUAACUGUAUAGACAUUUGUAAUCAAGACGGAAAACCAUUGUCUUCCAUAGUAUGAUAAAAGUACUAUGGUAGUCAAUCAUGCUCCAAAAUGGGUUUUUUCAAGCAUUGUGCAAAAUAUCUUCCUUUGUGUUCAGCAGAACAAAGACACUCACACAGGUUUAUAACAACAUGCGGGUGACUAAAUGAUACAGAAUUUUCAUUUUAUAUCCCGUUAGGUGUCCCUCUAGAUAAAUAUUACAUUUAAAAAAUUGUUAUAGCACUUUACAUUUAUUGUAAUAAAUAAAAAUAAUGCAAUAAAGUAUAUAUUUUAUACAAAAAAAUGUAAAAAAUGAAAAUGUUUCAUGUCAACAUGCUACAAAAUUUCAGACAUAAGUAAUUUAAGACUAGUUGUAAUCCAAAUUUCAAGUUUGGAUCACUUUUUAGUGGAUUUACCAACAAUGGCCACUAGGUGUCAAUGGUUUGCUGCAUACUCUUGUCACAAAUUAAUAAAUUACUGUCAUUACUGGAGCUUUUCAAUGAAAUUUGUUUUGUCAACAUUUAUGAAGAUUUUUAAUAGAAUAUAGUGUUAUAAAUAUAUAGCACAUGAGUAUGCAGUCCUUUGGGGGGAUUAUGUAACAAAAAACUGUCAUUACAUUAUUUCUAUAGUGCUAUACAUAUGUAUAAAAACAAAUUUGGUGCAUCUGUGCCCCAGUGACAAUUUAGAAACUGACUCUCACUAUGUCAUAAUUUUCCCAAAAUGGUGAUGAAAUAUGAAAACUACCCUCUUAGAGCUUUCAAACGAUGUAUAGUUAGUUUGCCAUUAGAUAAGAAUUUACAUGCAAAACACUGAAGUAAACGUAGAUGUCCCUUUGGCGGGACAGGGACAUUUAGCAGGGUAUAAAUUAGCCAGUUAAGGGGCUAAGUAGCUUUGGAUUGAAUCCCCCUGGUUGAUCACUGAUCAUGACGUGCUGAGAAAAAAUGAAACUUUAUUGCACUUAUUACUGUAGCUGAGAUGAUUCACAGUGAGUUAAAAUAAGUUGCAAUAAAUUACUAAAAGCAUUUGUUGGGUUGGCAAACCAUUAAGACACACUGCGCCUGCAGUGAUUAAACAGACAGUAAAUGAUUGGGAUAACAGAUGUUCACAAUGGCUAAAGUGUAAAAGACAUGCUGUACAUCCCAAUAAAUGCAAAAGCAUCUUAACUGUUAAAAUUUUUUUUUUUAAAAAACAAGCCUGAUGAUGAGUUUUUCAAUACAAAACAAAGUGCAUGGUCCAACUGUGGCCUUAUCAUUUGCUGUACAUUAUUUAGGUAUCACUACAAUACUACAGUAUAUUAUAAUGCAGUAUUCAGCACCUGCCCCGUUUCAUUCUUUAACACAAUUUAUGGGCUGUUAUACACUUAUGCAGUACAUCCGAUGAU